AUGGAUCUGUUUUCAUGGCCUGAAUUGAUGGAAGAUCUCCUGAAUGAACGCAAACAAGAAAAGGAAGAAGAUGAAGAAGAGAAAACGGAAGAAGAAGAAGAAGGAGAUCGAACACAUGAUCUCGAGCGCCGAGUCAAACUUGUACUCGACACACAUUUUCCCUGUUCGCCUGCAGAAUUCGAGAGAACUCACAGGGUGUAUGAUAAUAUAUCUAGAGAAGAAGAUCAAAUAACAUUAGAAAAUCUAGCUUACGAACAAUUGCGUGAGAAGGGUGUCUAUUCAAAUUAUUUUCACGAAUUGAUAAUGAAAGAUGAGUAUUUAUUUCAACAAUAUUACCACGAUUAG